AUGUUGAUUCAGGAGCUUUGGUUACAGGAACUCAGCUGCGACGACAUUCUGCCUCCUCAAAUCACGAAACGCUGGCUGCGCAUCAGGGAAAAUCUAACCAGUCUGGCCAAACUUUCCAUCCCAAGAUGGUUCAACACGACGACCACGUCUACCGUUGAACUCCACGGAUUCUCUGAUGCGUCAGUCUUCGCAAUGGCAGCUGUCGUCUACCUCGUUGUCCGCUCGCCGUCCACGGGUACCCACAUUUCUCUUGUCUGCUCAAAAACUCGAGUGGCACCACUCAAACGCCUAACCAUCCCGAGGUUAAAAUUAACAGCAGCGCUGCUCCUUUCCAAAUUGAUACAGCAUGUUCACGCUAUUUUGAACAUGACUGUCACUCAGACUUUUUUGUGGACGGACUCAGAAGUUACUCUAGCAUGGAUCAGGACGCACCCAUCCAAGUGGAAGGAUUACGUACGCAACAGGGUAAUCCAAAUCCAGGAGAUCACGCGGACUUCUCAUUGGAGGCACGUACCAGGAACAUCCAAUCCAGCUGACUGCGCGUCAAGAGGCAUGACCACAGACCAGCUUCAGCAGCACACUCUUUGGUGGACGGGACCACCGUGUCUCAAGAAAACUCAGAACGCAUGGCCCAAGCUGACAAGUGCAGACGCAGACAAGUUAGGAGCUCCAGAGGCUAGUCCUCCUGUCUCACUUCACAUUGUAAAGCCUGUUAUCAAGGAGUAUCCCUGGGAUUUAAUUUACAAAUAUUCCUCUGUUAACAGGUUACUCAGAAUCACUUCUGUCUGCCUCAUAUUCACCGACAGACUGCUCAGGCGACGUAAUGCUCUGCCCACGCCACUCAUCACAGCUGCUGAAAUGAAGAAAGGCAGAAUUGACUGGAUUCAGGCCACGCAGUCCUUGUACUUCAAGGACGAAAUUGCAGCCCUCGCCAAAGGAACUGUUCUUCCGUCAACGCAUCCGUUCACUCGAUUGACCGCCUACCUCGACCAUCAAGGAAUUGCCAGAGUAGGCGGACGUCUUCAGCACUCAGAACUCUCACACGAAGGCAAUCAUCCAGCCAUUUUGCCUCGUGAUUCACGGUUCUCAACACUUCUCAUCGACCACGCCCAUCAACAGACGAUGCAUGGGACGAUGCUCAUAUUCUUCGGUGUGUGA